AGGGACCUGCAACGCACAGUUUUGGAGGCGAAAGAAAGGGUUUUCGAUUCCUCAACGCACUGAGCCACAGGCCACCCUCUUCGUCUCAAGGGAUUAGAUACUCUUUGCUCACACUUCAAAGUUUUUCUCUGCACUUUAUAAGCAAUCAUGGCGGAUGAAACGCAAAAUGAUACGAAGGAGGAGGUUGCAGAAAUUGCACCAUUUGAUCCUACUAAGAAGAAAAAGAAGAAGAAAAUUACAAUUGUAGAUCCUGCUGAUGACUCAGUGGACAAAUUGACUGAGAAAACAGAAAACCUCUCUGUUUCUGAUGGGGUCGAGACUCCAUUUGCUGGUUUGAAAAAGAAGAAGAAGCCUGUUGAAAUCAGUAACUUGAAUGACGAGAGUGGCGACGCAAUUGAAGAGUUGGAUGAUCAAGCUGAAGAUGAUGAAGGAGAAAUGGUUGCUUCUCAGGCUGGUUAUCCUUGGGAAGGGAGUGAUCGUGAUUAUGAAUAUGAGGAGCUUCUUGGCAGGGUGUUUAACAUUCUACGUGAGAAUAAUCCAGAACUUGCUGGAGAUCGCCGAAGAACAGUUAUGAGGCCUCCUCAAGUUCUUCGUGAGGGCACAAAGAAGACAGUGUUUGUGAAUUUUAUGGAUCUAUGCAAAACGAUGCAUCGGCAGCCAGAUCAUGUCAUGGCUUUCUUGCUUGCUGAACUGGGUACAAGUGGCUCCCUCGAUGGACAGCAGAGAUUGGUUGUAAAGGGAAGAUUUGCACCAAAGAACUUUGAAGGAAUUCUGCGACGAUAUGUCAAUGAAUAUGUCAUUUGCCUUGGAUGCAAGAGUCCAGACACUAUACUUACAAAGGAGAACCGUCUGUUCUUUCUCCGCUGUGAGAAGUGUGGAUCAGGAAGAUCAGUUGCUCCAAUCAAGGCUGGUUUUGUUGCUCGUGUUGGCAGAAGGAACACGGGGACAUAAUUUGGUCCUACUUUUUAUCAAUGCCGAAUCUGGCUUGGGGAAACGAACCUUUACGAGAAGUUUUCCCAUGUAUGAUGUAACUUACUCUACUCCAAUUUUGAGUGUGUUGCAGUAAUGGUAUCUUUUAUGGGUCAAUGUUGUUAUCUCUUUUAUCUAUCGGGUGCUAGUAUAAUUCUUUUAAGGAAAACGAUAGUAACACAUUACACAAACCAUUUGACGUAUUUAGGUCAUUUAGAAAAUCACGUAUUCUAAGUCCAUUUACGCUUGUACUUGUGAUUUAGUGGCUUUAAGAUGUGAGCCUAUUCCGUGGCGGGGUGUUGUUUGUGUCCAAAUUUUCAAUUUUAUUGUUCACAACCAAAACUUGGACACGCAUAUAGAUACCUUCCAAAUAUCCUAACCAAGAAAGAGCAACUAUCAACAGUGAACUACUUGAAAACAGAGACCUUCAGUGUCAACUUCUUUUUGCCGCCUCCAGGACCAAAUGGAACAAACCAGUCAUGAAAUUUAAGCCCUUGCAACAAUCAAGAAAUAAGUGUACUUGUUGAUUGCUCGCAAAUUUGAUUUUAGGUGAUCUUAAUUUUGGUUAAAAAGUGUGUUUGGUUUAAAGUGACUUACGUUUUACAACUUUUAUUUGUAAGUCGAGUCUGUAAUAAAAUUUAGUAUAAAAUUCUUAAUGUAAAAAAUAACAUUAUUUUGCUUGUCAAACAUGCUACUGAGAGUAAAUCUAGUUUUGGACAAUAAAAUAUUUCUUUUGUG